UCUGUUGUCAUCCCAUCUAUUGUUGUCUCUCGGCCUCCCACUCGGGGCCAUUGUUAUUGCAAAGCUCACUUGCUCGCCGAUGCUCUUGGCUUCGUCGCCGUCGCAGCAGUCAUCAUCCCAAUUAUUUUCAAUGCAAUUUCACUCGCCAAAUAAUCCACUGACUGCGUCCGCGGUCUUGCAGUGAAAAAAAAGAAAACGUUUCGCCGGUUGUCAUCGUGUUGUAAUUAGCAGUUCUGCGAGAGAAUUGAAUUGAAAAUCGGAAAAGCUUGACUAGUUGUUGAGAAAUCUGCGUAAAUUGUUUUUGCGUAAAACUCAGUUGUAUCCUUGAAGUCCUGCCUGGCGUGACAUUGUUUUGACUCGAGUGCGUUUGCCUGUGAGCGGCUGUGCCUGUGUAAGGUAACUAACUGCCUUGAAUUAUCACCUGGUCGGUGGUGCUUUGCGGCUAGUGAACUCAGUAUAUUUCGCACCGAGGGGUUGCUGAUUUUGAUAGCUUCACCCCGAGCACGGUGUGUGCGGUCUCUGUGGUUACAGUGCAUUCACGUCUACGUUGUUGGUGGGUCUGUUCACGACGCUCGUAGCUGACUGUCCUCCGGUAAAUGCAAACUAUUCACGUUGCACUAUUGUCUGCUGGGGUUUUAUGCACUUUGCCGAAAGACCUUGCUGGCGUAUCUAAAACGUGGCAAUUUUUCGUCGGCGCUGUCGGAGUUCGUGGAGCAGCAAAAAUCGCAAUUGGCAGUAGUGUCUUCUCGUUGCCGGUCUUGGUGUCGGUGCCAGUCUCGAUUCUUGCUCUUCUUGGAGCCCCCUCGCAGUAGUGGAGUCGCGCGUAUUCUGCUGUGUAGUGGAGUCUUCGACGUCUUGAGUUGCCGCAGUUUCCCCGUGGACACCAUCCGCUCUAUAACGUCUCGGUUACCGCUUCGUCUUGACCGUCUUGUGUGUGCAUUUCUUCAAGACACUCCAUCCGGUCGUUGCGGGGCUUUCGGGCAUUCCGCCGCUUUUUCAAUUGGGAUAGUCACCGACUGGCACUUGCCGAUUCGCCGCCUAUCGUCGCCACCGCCGUUAGUGUAUUUUCCAUCGUUGAACUGCCACAUCUGCAGUCGCUCCAUCCUAAACGAUAUUGCGUUCAAUCCGUCUCCGAAUCGUAGCGAUUUCCGUGUGCAUUGUAUUGUCGUCCGGUCUGACCUCAUGUCAGCAGUACAAAACUCCUGUGAACGGUCUUAGUAUUGAACGAAUUUUGUGCUGUGCAGCCCUCAUCCAUUUACUACCAAUUAAAGACGUCCCCUGUUCUGUGCGUCUCGCCAUCCCUCUGAUAGUUUCCGGUGCGAAGUGGUGCACAGAUUACUCAUCGUUAAUCCGUUUGUCCAGUCGGACCCGUCCCGUGAAUUCUUAAACGCAUUCCAUCGUUCACGAAUUGCCGAGUCUGAAACGCUUCAACCCACAGGGUGACCUCAUGACCAGUGCUAGUGCAUUUCCGGUUGGGAUUAGUGCGUGACAUAUCCGCUGUUUCCUCGUCGCGUGAAGUGAGUGUCUCCGUUUGUUGCGAGUGUUUUAUUCAAGCUGUGACCAUUGAAAUCGUUGAAUAGGUUGUGCCGGAUCAUAGUGCCAGCAUCCCUCGAAACCCGCACAUCAAGGCAGCGCAGUGAAAGAGCGAAUUCUGUGAAGAUAUAUCAGCACUUGUGCGGAACUGGGAUUAAAUUAACCACCCAACGCUAAUAGGGGGAGCAGAAGUUGCGUCAGCUCCCGGUUAACGCCACUCAUCUUCAGUUCAUUAUCAGCGCGGCAGCCGCCCCCCGCCCGUCUUGCAGGCUAUCUCGUCGUCGCGACGCCACUCCGCCCCAUUUCUUGUGCGCUAAGGCAGCACAACAGCAGCGCCCCGUACUGCAUAUCCGGGAGCUCCGCCCCCAGCCCCGGUAUCAUUAAAAGGGGCCCAAAGGCCAGCUAUGACUAGUCCAGCUGGUGGUUUAGCUGCUCCCUACAGAGGUGCCACGUGGACGCCACAAGGUUAUGCACCAGCCGCUGCAGCGGCUGCUCAACAAGCAUACAGAUAUACAGCCCCGUUGCCGCAACAGGCCUAUGCUCCAUACACACCACAUACGCCAGCAACGUACGGACAAAGAGUCCCAACAGCAGCAUCACCUAGUAAUACAAAUUCAAGUAGCUCAUCAAAUACUGGUUCCCAGAGCGGAACAUUAAGUACUAGUCUGAGUAAUACCAAUACGAAUACAACAAUGGGUCCUAACGGUACACCACAAGCCCAAGAGCAAUUGUCGAAAACAAAUUUAUAUAUUAGAGGUUUACAGCAAGGCACAACCGAUAAGGAUUUAGUUAAUAUGUGUGCACAGUAUGGAAAUAUAAUCUCAACAAAGGCUAUUUUAGAUAAAACAACAAACAAAUGUAAAGGUUAUGGUUUUGUAGAUUUCGAGUCACCGCAAUGUGCCGAAGGAGCUGUGAAGGGGCUCCAGGCGAAGGGCAUUCAGGCACAGAUGGCCAAAGUGGGUAUCUGGAUGCUACAUAGGCCGGCCAUUCAGCAACAAGAACAGGAUCCAACAAAUUUGUACAUUGCAAAUUUGCCGCCAACAUUUAAAGAAACUGAUUUAGAAACUUUACUAGCAAAGUAUGGACAAGUAGUAUCGACGAGAAUUCUUCGUGAUCAGCAAGGACAGUCUAAAGGAGUUGGUUUUGCUCGUAUGGAGAAUCGAGAAAAAUGCGAACAUAUUAUACAAGUUUUUAACGGUCAUCAGAUACAAGGUGCCAAAGAUCCAUUACUCGUGAAAUUUGCUGAUGGCGGACCGAAAAAGAAGAAUCCAUUUAAGAGUCCCGAUCCAAAUGCACGUGCGUGGCGUGAUGAAACACUUCCAGUUGCAUAUGAUCAUACAUUGCAACAGAAUGGUGUAAGUGUAAAUGUUGGUACACCAAUUAGUGUACCAUAUCCACGUUUUGGUGCUCCACAAGUCAGUGGCUAUCCAAUGCCACCAUCACAAUGGAUACCAAGCUAUAUGAUGACCCAACCAAUUGCUCAGGUAGAAGAUCAAUAUAUGCAAAUGGCAGCACCUCCGCUAAGCGUAGCAUCAACUUACAAACCAGACGGAGUGCAGCCUCGCAGUAUAUCGAUGGUAAUGAGCGGAGAAACUGUGCCAUAUGGGGCGAUGGUGCCUCAGCUAGCUACACUCCAAAUUGGAAACUCGCAGUAUAUUAGUCCAUCUUACCCGUACUAUCAUACGCCAACGAUAAUUCCAACUAUGCCAAUUGCUGAUUCAGAACAAGCGAGUACAGCUGCAUCACCGGAUGAGGCUUACACACAAUAUCAACAUCCUAAAUAGGUCAACGAAAGAUUUGAUCACCAUAUACCUCAUUUAUUACAUCCGAUCAAGGUGAUUGUAUAACCGAAUUGCUUUUCUUCUUCGACGUACCAGCAAACUACUAUGAUUUCAAAACUACCAAGCCAGACUUUAUAGAAGAAACCGCAUUGACAACAGCAGGAUGACUACAUUAAUUUUUCAACAAUUUUUGACCGAUUUGAAAAUUACACUGAGAGACGUAUUCGAGAACUGGAACUAAGGAUCAAGCAUAAGAACAGAAAGAAUAUCGCCAUCAACCACUACUUUCGACGGUUUUUUUUUGUUUUUACUUUUUAUUAGAAGAAGAAGAAGAAUAUAGGUCUGGUAGACGAAAAAUAAGAAACCGCGGCAACCGAUAAUAUAUAAAAAGACAAGAAAACUGAUUCUAGGUUCUACUAACGUUUUUGAUUUAAUUAUGUUGAAAAACUGAAGCGAUUUUGUUGGAAAUCCGUGUUGGAUUGUUACCUUUGUUUCUAAUUGAGGAUUGUCGUAGUGUCCUUUUUUUGAAUAUCGAAAAAGGAAGGAAAUAAUUUUUUGUUCAUUGAUUUUAAAUAGAAUCCGGAGAAAAUGCAGGAAAAACCAAACAAGGGCGUCUUUAAAUUAAUUUUUGAAAACAAAUCUAGCGUUCUCUCACUACGGAAAACAUCAUUCCUGCAGGAGAAGUAGUUUUUUGGCUUUUUUGAUUUUUGCAAGUUUUUUGUAUUUCAAAAAACGAUAUUCGUUUUGCAAAUGAUUGUAUAUUUGUUUUCGUGCUUUUACGACAUGCUUUUGCAUGUGUUUUCUUGAAGAAGAAAUGUAUGUGUAUUUUUUGAGAAAAUCCUGUUAAUGGUAUUUGUAGUUUUAUACUAAAACGACUAUCGUUUUUUGAAAACUUCUCGGCAUGAAAUCGGUGCACAGUGUGCACAUGUAACAUGUAAAAUUAUAAAUAUAUUCGUCAGCGCUAAACAAAUUCUGCGGCAUUAGAUCCGUUAUUUUUGAAGCGUCUUUUCAGAAUUGUACGAAAUAGCGAAUAAAAAAAAUAAAAAUUCAAUUCAAGUGUUGGGAGCAAGACAGUCCAGCGCGAAAUUGAGAAACAAAAACGUUAAUUUUUACAAGUGAUCAAAAAAGAGAUGAAUAUAUUGUAAUGUGGAAAAUGUGAGUUAUAAUCCCUUUUCAUUGAUCCAUUAUCAAUUUUAUGUUAACAAUCCCUUGAACCGUAGGCUCUUCAAGAUAGAUUUGAACGGAUGAAGAAGAAAUCAAAAGCAAUGUUUGAAAAGUGAAGAUUAAUAAAGGAAGGCUCAGAAAGUAGAUUUGAAUUUAGAUGGGAAUCGCUUCAGUCGAUACGGAACCAAAGCGAGCUCGUGUCCUUCUUGACAGAGCUGGUACCGUAUUGAUUGAAGUGAUUCCAAAACGAUUUCUUGAGGUUACGAAAA